GAAUCUGACGUAGCCUCCAUGAUGCAGAACAGUCACAGUGGUGUGAAUCAGCUUGGUGGUGUGUUUGUCAACGGCAGACCACUGCCGGAUUCAACCAGACAGAAAAUAGUUGAGCUUGCUCACAGUGGCGCGCGACCGUGCGAUAUCUCCCGGAUUCUGCAGACCCAUGCUGAUGCAAAAGUCCAAGUGCUGGAUAAUGAAAACGUGUCUAAUGGGUGCGUGAGUAAAAUCCUGGGCAGAUACUAUGAGACUGGUUCGAUCAGACCCAGGGCUAUCGGCGGGAGCAAACCAAGAGUAGCGACACCCGAAGUGGUCGGCAAAAUUGCCCAGUACAAGAGGGAGUGCCCUUCAAUCUUCGCCUGGGAAAUUAGAGACAGGUUGCUAUCAGAGGGGGUCUGUACCAACGACAACAUACCUAGCGUGUCAUCGAUAAACAGAGUCCUCCGCAACCUGGCUAGCGAAAAGCAACAGAUGGGUGCAGAUGGCAUGUAUGACAAGCUGAGAAUGCUGAACGGUCAGACAGGGACUUGGGGCACCCGGCCGGGCUGGUACCCCGGAACCUCGGUGCCAGGGCAACCAAACCAAGAUGGCUGCCAACAACAGGAGGGGGGCGGUGAAAACACGAACUCUAUCAGUUCUAACGGGGAAGACUCGGACGAGACCCAGAUGAGACUUCAGCUUAAAAGAAAGUUGCAAAGGAAUCGCACUUCGUUCACUCAAGAGCAAAUAGAAGCUUUAGAAAAAGAAUUUGAAAGAACUCAUUACCCAGACGUUUUCGCAAGAGAAAGGCUCGCAGCAAAAAUAGACCUUCCAGAAGCUAGAAUACAGGUGUGGUUUUCAAACAGAAGAGCGAAGUGGAGGAGAGAGGAAAAACUCCGGAAUCAGCGAAGACAAGCCAGUAGCUCCUCCAGCCACAUCCCCAUAAGCAGUAGCUUCAGUACCAGUGUUUACCAGCCCAUACCGCAGCCUACAACGCCGGUGUCGUUCACGUCAGGGUCCAUGUUGGGUAGACCGGACACCGCCCUCACAAACACAUACAGCGGCCUGCCUCCCAUGCCAAGUUUCACCAUGGCCAACAACCUGCCUAUGCAAACCCCAGUGCCCAACCAGGCGUCCUCCUAUUCCUGCAUGCUGCCCACCAGUCCUUCUGUGAAUGGCCGGAGCUACGACACAUACACGCCCCCUCAUAUGCAGGCACAUAUGAACAGCCAAUCAAUGGGUACUUCUGGUACCGCCUCAACAGGUCUCAUCUCCCCUGGAGUUUCUGUCCCUGUCCAGGUCCCAGGCAGCGAACCCGACAUGUCUCAGUACUGGCCAAGACUACAGUAAAGAGAAGAGCUACUUCGCCUUGUGACUUUUCACACUGAACGUUGGGUGUCUGGCAGUAUUUUACAAACAAACAAAAAAAAAAAGAAGAAGAAAGAAAAUGAAAAAAAGGAAACUCUCAAAGAGACUUUUUUUGUACUGGGAUUGUUGUGUCCUGUGCUAUAAUUCUUGGCACACAAAGACUACAAAGAAAAAAAAAUUAAAUGAAAAAAAAAAAAAAUGAAGUUCUGUAAAGUGCCAGGUGUUAUAUCCUAAAUGGAACAAAACUAUCUUCGUUUUCAGUUUCCAACUUAAGUCAUUUUUGGUGUAUUUGUAUAUGGCCAUUUGUAUGUUACGAUGAAAACAAGAACAACUUUGGACGGACAGUCAAGCUAAGUUGAGUCUUGAAUCUGUUGAAAAGGAGAAGCUAUGAGAUUCUGCCAUUAAUAAGUUUUUAUCAACUUAUAUCUUGAACGUCUACCAGUCUUUGUACAGAUUGUGGAUUAUGACGAAGCAAGCUCGUAUCAUUCCAAUACAGACCAGGAUGAAGAAACUAGCCGUGUGUAAAAGCCUCUAAUCUGUUGGGUUCUUUUUUCCAAAGUUUGUUGACAGGUAAAGUGUGUGUUGAAAGCGGUAACUGCUUAAAAGGAAGUGAAAAAAAACCUUUGGUAGCUAAAGAGUAGAUUGUGUCUUCGAUAUAAUGUCGAAAAUGUAAGUAUUUGUCUUCCCUAGAAAUCUCCCAGAAUGAUUUCUAUAAUAAAGUUAAGUUCAUUUAUA